AUGCACCGACCAGUGGCCGCUCCGGUUAAUGAGGAUGUCGAGAGCAGAUUCCAGCAUUUGGCAGGUUCAGUACAAAAUGAUGUUAUGCAGUUAAAGGCAGCGACCGGAGAGGACGAGGGAGGUGUGCACAUCCAAGACCUUGUUGUCGUCGUUCCACGAAUGACGAGGAGGAGGGCGAGGGAGGCAUGCGCACCGGAGACUGCGUUGCCGUCGUUGCAGCGCACUCGACUCACACGCGGUGGAAGCAGGGGGGAGGCCCCGACCAAUGGCCGCUCCGAUAUUUCUGGAAACGACUCCGCUGCAGCCUCUUCUUCGCGGACGAUAAGCGCGGGUGAUGAAGCUGUAGAACCGUCAUCACGUCAUGGCGGCCCCGACGCCUUGGGCACAUACACAGAUGGGCAGGACGACUACACAUCCACUGUUCAUGAUGAGUCCGGCACCGCCACAAAUCCUGAAGAUGCAACCGAUCGCGACGAAGGGACCGGCCAAGGGGACCAGGCAGCUGGACAACCUAAAAAGCAACGCAAACCUAGGCGCCCAAACAUGCUUGGCACCGAUAGGAUUGUUAUCAACCGAGUGUCUGAGGCUGGUCUACCUCUUAGUCCCAAGAAGGCUGAACAAGGUUACAGUAAUGGCCUAGGCUGCAUCCUUCGCGAAACCGUGAGCAUUAAUGAAACCAAUCUCAGGUCGAAAGCCAAUGAGAAUUUGCGAGCACUCCUCAUAUCGAAGCUGCACACUCAUUACAAGUUCCCGGAUGAGUCCCUAGACGAGACCACUCCGGUAAAUAACACAGCCCUCUGCAAGUGGACCAAGCUUUUGAGUAGUUGGAAAUCCAAAGCCAAAAGCGAAUACCUUGAGAAAGAUUACGAAACCGAGAUAAAAAAGAAGUGGCCUUCGGUUUCUGAGGAGGACUGGAACCUGUUCAAGCAGCACUGCGAGACCCCUGAAGUCAAGGAGAUGGAGAAAUGGGGGAAGGAAAUGCGGGCAAGGAACAUUGGUCACCACACCCUUGGAAGCCGUGGUUACCCAGGGAAGAAGCCGAAGUGGGACAAGCAGGACGCUGAGUUUGCUGCAGCAGGCAUACCAAACCCCUUCAAGGAAUUUGAAAACCCGCGUGAAAAUGAUUACAUCAGGGGCCGGUGCAAAUACGAUGAAGAGACUAAGACAUGGGUAUUGGACGAGAAGACGGCGAAAGUCAAGGAACUCCUGAGGCAGUAUCAUGUGGAAUCUCAAAGCUCCCAGGAGUCGGAGUCCUCGGCAAGGUGGGACGACCCUCUGAACAGGUCGAUCAACGUGGUGCUCGGCAAGGACCCGAAAACGAGGCCGGCUUAUGGUCGUGUGAACGGCGUCGGGCUGAAUGAAAAAUGGGACACGCAUUAUCCCGAAGACCGCGAGCUUGCGAGGCAGAGAAGGAGAGCCGGCCGAGCUAGUUUUGAAUCCAGAUUGGCUGGAAUGAGAGAAGAACUUAAAGAAGAAAUGAGAGAGGAAGUCGAGGUGAAAGCCAAAGCCAUGGCGACAGCACAAGUCAUGGAAAUGUGGCCCGAUCUAAUUGAGGCCGUCAAGCGAAGUUUAGCAUCGGGGCAAACAGCGCCACCAUCAUCCUCUGUCACGUUGGCGCCGGCCAAUGUCAUUUUGGAGAAAGAGCCGCGUCCUGGUGCACAUCAUAGCAGCCGCUCUGCCCCUUUCAUGGGCUAG